AAACUUGCGGUCGGCUGUCAUAAAAGCAUGUAGCUGUAAAACUUUUUCUUUCCUUUUUCCCUAGUAAUUUCUCGGCGACCAAACGGACCCCAAAACUAUUUCCAGCCCAGUAAACGGUAUAAACCUAUACAUAUAUAUAUAUAUAUAUAACCUGUAUAUAUAUAUGUAUCACGCUCUUUCUCAAUGUCCAAGACGAAUCGAUGAAAGCUGAGACGUCAUUUUCUCGAGAAAAAAUUGAAAGCAGAGAAAAUAUAUAAGAUUGAAUUACACAAAACUUGUCAUCGCCACGUAAAUUACUGGUUAGCUAAUUUCUCAAAAAGAACAAGGAUAGUGAAAUUCUUGAGAUUUUGUGCUGCCUCUUGUUGUGUCAUUCAGUACAACAUAUAUAUUGUUGUGUCUUUAUGAAAAGGCAGGCCAUCUUGAUAGCUGUAAUCAUAUAAUUUUUUCCUCUUCAAUAUUGGUGGAAUAAAAUGGCUGUUUCCACACAAGAAGCAAGUCAAGAGAACUCAACUGAUAGGUACCCUUUGCUCAAGGAGCCGCAUGAAAACAAUGAAAAUCAGGACCAUGUUAUUGACAUAGAAAGGGGUCGUGACACUUCCUCUUCAGGCUCAUCUCAUAAUGGUUCUCCUCAUGGCUCGAAUAUGCCCCAUCAUGAAAAUACACCGUCAAGUGGUGUUCGUCUACCCAUCACUCCAUCACCUUCAUCUUCGCCCCAUGGUUCGAACUCUAGGAGCUCUUCAGUUUCAAGAAGAGGGGAAGGGUCUGGCCGUCGUCAUUGGAGCCCAUUUAAUACCAUCUUAUGGUUUAUCAUUGAGCUAGUGUUCACUGUAGGCCAAAUUAUUGCAGCCAUAGUUGUUUUAUCUGUGUCAAGAAAUGAGAAUCCACAAACUCCAUUGUUUGCCUGGAUUGCGGGUUAUGCAGGAGGGUGUGCUGCAAGCCUUCCUAUCCUUUAUUGGCGUUAUGUUUACCGCAAUCUGGGUGCUGAACAAGGUUCAACUCAAUUGCGUCCAGAUUCUUCCCAAGGCAACUCUACAUCAGAACCAAAUUCUUACACAACCGUCUCGUUAGCUCGGACCACGGAAGAGGAAGAUGGUCAGAAUACAUCUUCAGAAACUUGGGACCAACAAACAAUGGGAGCUCCAAAUGCUAGGCUCAGUGCGCUGAUGCUCCGCUUCAAGAUGUCUUUGGAUUGCUUCUUUGCAGUGUGGUUUGUUGUCGGCAAUGUAUGGAUUUUUGGAGGACAUUCAUCUUCUUCUGAUGCUCCCAAUUUGUACUGGUACCUAUUGAUGACCUGCAAAAUCUCUCUUUCAUUCUCAUCCUAUUUGAAUAUCUGGCAUUUUCACUGUUUUCUUUGCAGGUUAUGUAUAGUAUUUCUUAUGUUUAGCUUCAUCGGGUAUGCAAUGCCCUUCAUUUUAUGCUCCAUGAUUUGCUGCUGCUUGCCUUGUAUUAUUUCAUUUCUUGGUGUCCGUGACGAUAUGAAUCGAAUGAGAGGUGCUACUGAGGAAACUAUUAAUGCUCUGCCAACGCACAAAUUCAAGUCAAAGGAAAAAGGAAGCCGCAACAGCAGAGACAGCAAUUCGGGAGCUGAUGACGGUGGAUUUGUGGCAGCAGGAACAGAAACCGAGCGCGUUAUCUCAGGGGAAGAUGCUGUGUGUUGCAUUUGUUUGGCAAGAUAUGCAGAUGAUGAUGAGUUGAGAGAAUUGCCUUGCUCCCAUUUCUUCCAUACAGAGUGCAUAGAUAAAUGGCUCAAGAUCAAUGCCACAUGUCCACUCUGUAAAUUUGAGAUUGGUGACAGCAACGUGAAUUCGCCGCCUGCAGCAGACUCAACAAGUCAGCAAGUGUGAUGAAAGGAUUUAAAUUGCGGUAUACUAAUUUGAUCAGUUUGUUGAUUCAAUUUUCUCUCUUUUGUUUUGGCCAUUGAAUCCUGGGUUGUGCAGUUGAGUCUGAACCAUAAGUCUUUAUCAAAGCUUGUAUAGUAGAAUUUUGAUUUCAGCGAUUUAGAUCAAAUAUUUCAAGAUAGAAAUCUGUAAAUAGAUGUUGAAUACUGUUAUUUGGAAUGAAAGCAUG